AUGUUUUUAACUCAGUACUCUUUUACAGAAUCACACCAACUUGACGGGGAGCUAAGUCAAUUCGGCAAUCUCUACUCGAUGCCUUCACCCGAUGAUUUCAAACAGAACGGGCGGCCGCCGUUCAACAGCGAGACCAGCCGCAACCUGCUCAUGUGCCUAGUGUGGGUGCUCAAGUGGACGGAGCGCUCGGCGCUCAGCGCGUGCGUGGCCGAGCUGCCCGCGCAGAGGCUGCACGUGCUGCUGGCCCUCGUCGACCUCUGCUUCAAGUGCCAGGAGUACAAGGGUCGCAAAGAGAUCCUGAAGUGCGCACAGCAGAACGUACGGAAGACUACGGACAUCAAGGCAAAGUUGGAAGAUGUCAUCCUGGGUCAGGGCUCCGCCCGCAACGACUUCAUCAUGCGACGAAAGGGCGCGCAGUGCGGGCGCGGCGCGUGCGGUGCGCGCGGCGGGCGCGAGCGGUGGCGCAAGGAGUGGGCGCGCGGCGGGGCGCGCUCCCGCCCCCCCCCCCCCCCCCCCCCCCAGCCCGCCCUCGCCGCCGCCCUCGCCGCAGAGCUGGCGCUGGCGCUGCUGCACGCGCUCGAGGCCAUCGUCCAGUCUGUGAGCGGGCUGGAAUGGGGCCAGUCGGCGUGCAGCGCCGCGCUGUGCGUGGUUCUGCGCGCCCUCCAGCGGAACCAGAGCGCGGCCGUGCUGCAGCACAUGUUCGCCUCCGUGAGGGCGCUCAUCGCUAAGCUGGGCUGGUCGUGCUGCGGCGAGGAGUCGGGCAUCUGCCGCGUGCUGCUGCGCCACUGCGCCGCGCUCACGGCCGCCACGCGCGCCCACGCCUCGGCCACGCUCUACGCGCUCAUGCGCCAGCACUACCAGCUCGGCAACAACUUCAGCCGCGUGAAGAUGCAGGUGACGAUGUCGCUGUCCUCGCUGGUGGGCACCUCCGCCACGUUCAGCGAGGAGGCGCUGCGCAGGGCGCUCAAGACGGUGCUGGUCUACGCAGAGAGGGACCUCGAGCUGCAGGACACCUCCUUCCCGGAGCAGGUGAAGGACCUCGUGUUCAACCUGCACAUGAUCCUGAGCGACACGGUGAAGAUGAAGGAGUUCCAGCAGGACCCCGAGAUGCUGCUGGACCUGAUGCACCGCAUCGCGCGCGGCUACCAGCACAGCCCCGACCUGCGGCUCACCUGGCUCAACAACAUGGCGCAGAAGCACAUGGAGCGCUCGAACCACCUGGAGGCGGGCAUGUGCCUGGUGCACGGCGCGGCGCUGGCCGCCGAGCAGCUGGGCGCGGGCGGGCGCGGCGCCGCGCUGCUGCAGCGCGUCACGCACAACGCGCUCGACGAGAGCUGCGCUGACGCGCUGCACCACCACCUCACGCACCAGGAGCUGCAGGCGUUGUUGGAACACGCCGCCAGCGAGCUGAUGACUGCGGGAAUGUACGAGGCCGUCAACGAGGUGUACAAGGUUCUGAUCCCGAUAGCAGAGGAGCAGCGUGACUAUAAGAAGCUGGCCAACAUCCACGGGAAGCUGAGCGAGGCGUUCGGCAGAGUGGAGCAGCUGCACGGCAAGCGCGUGUUCGGCUCGUACUUCCGCGUGGCCUUCUACGGCGGCCGCUUCGGCGACCUGGCCGGCGAGGAGUUCGUCUACAAGGAGCACGCGCUCACCAAGCUGCCAGAGAUCUUCAGCCGCCUCGAGAACUUCUACGGGUCCCGCUUCGGUGGCGAGAACGUGGUGAUCAUCAAGGACUCGAACAUCGUGGACCCCGCCUCGCUGGACCCCGACAAGGCCUACAUCCAGAUCACCUACGUGGAGCCCUACUUCGAGCCCCACGAGCUGCGCAGGCGGAUCACCCACUACGAGAGGAACUACAACAUCAAGCGAUUCAUGUACGCGACGCCGUUCACGGCGGGCGGGCGCGCCCACGGCGAGCUGGCGGAGCAGUGCAAGCGCAAGACCGUCCUCACCACCGCCCACCACUUCCCCUACGUCAAGACCAGGAUCCAGGUCGUUCAGCGAACGCAGAUAAUACUAUCGCCCAUUGAAGUGGCAAUAGAAGACAUACAGAAAAAAAUCGGCGAGCUGGCGGCGGCCACGUGCCAGGAGCCGGCCGACCCCAAGAUGCUGCAGAUGGUGGUGCAGGGCUGCAUCGGCACCACCGUCAACCAGGGCCCCCUCGAACUGGCGCAGGUGUUCCUGGCGCCCGUGGCCGAGGGCAAGCAGCCGCCCACCCGGCUGACCAACAAACUGCGUCUCGCCUUCAAGGAUUUCUCCAAAAAGUGCCACGACGCGCUGCGCAAGAACAAGAACCUGAUCGGCAGCGACCAGCGCGAGUACCAGCGCGAGCUGGAGCGCAACUUCCAGCGCUUCACGGAGCGCCUGGCGCCGCUGGUGCACCACACGCCGGGGCACGUCGCCCAGCUCAGCAAUGGACUGGGCAAGAACGAUUACAAAUAUCAGGCA